AGUGACGUGGCGAUUUGGGGAGGAUUCUACCGACAAAGAUGGCGUCCCUUCUGCAGCCUGACAGGGUCCUCUACUUGGUUAACGGAGAAAAACGGAUUCGUUCUCCGUUGUCUCAGCUUUACUUUUGUCGCUACUGCAGCGAGUUACGCUCUCUGGAAUGUGUGUCUCACGAAGUGGACUCUCACUACUGUCCAAGUUGCUUGGAGAAUAUGCCUUCCGCUGAAGCGAAGAUCAAAAAGAACAGGUGUGCUAACUGCUUUGACUGCCCGUGCUGCAUGCACACCCUGUCCACUCGCGCCACGAACAUCCCGGCGCCGCUGCCCGACGACCCGGCGAAGACGGCCAUGAAGAAGGCGUACUACCUGGCCUGCGGGUUCUGCCGCUGGACCUCGCGGGACGUGGGCAUGGCCGAUAAGUCUGUGGCCAGCGGUGGAUGGCAAGAGCCAGAGAGUCCGCACACACAGCGUAUAAGCAAGCUCAUCGAGUACUACCAGCAGCUGGCUCAGAGGGAGAAACUGGACCGCGACCGCAGGAAGCUGGCCCGCCGCCGCCCCUACAUGCCCCUGGCCUACACGGAGAAGUUUGGCCUGGGCAGCAGGACUCAGAGACAGAGAUCAGGAGUGUCCAUCGCCAGUCUGGCCGGCCUGUCUCUGAAGGAGGGGGAGGAGCAGAGGGAGGUGAAACUGGAGCCGGCGCAAGCCCUGGAGGAGGUGGAGCCGCUGCCGGAAGACUGCUACACGCGACCAGUCAACCUGCCCGAGGUGACCACCCUGCGGCAGAGGCUGCUGCUGCCAGACCUCCAGCCCCCUGGAGUCUUACAGCUGCACCCCAAACAUAAACAGCUCCUGAUCAAGAGAUCACUGCGAUGCCGGAAAUGUGAGCACAAUUUGAGCAAGCCAGAAUUCAACCCGACCUCAAUAAAAUUUAAGAUCCAGCUAGUGGCUGUAAACUAUGUUCCAGAAGUGAGAAUCAUGUCCAUUCCAAACAUGCGCUUCAACAAGGAGAGCCAGGUGCUGCUGACCCUGACCAAUCCUGUGGAGAGCAUUACCCAUGUGACCCUGCAGGGCUGUGAGCCCAAUGACCCUGACCACACCAAUAGCAUUGCUGAGGUGGUGCUGCCCUCUAAAGAGCUGGUGCUGGCGGGGAAGGAUGCCGCCGCUGAGUAUGACGAGCUGGCCGAGCCGCACGACUUCCAGGACGACCCGGAUGUGGUGGCCUUCAGGAAGUCCAACAAGCUGGGCUUCUUCAUCAGGGUGACCCCUCGCUGCGAGCAGGGCGACGUCAUCGUGUGCUUCAAGAUCCGCCACGAUUUCCGCAACCUGGCGACCCCCCUGCGGCCCGGCCAGGACAGCGGGGCCCCCUGCGAGCCGGUCUGGUUGACUCACCACGUGGAGCUGAACCUGGGACCCCUGGCCGCCUGAACAGCGCCCUCUACUGGCUGGCUGACCGCACACAUUACACUCACUCAGACUGCUUCAUGCUUACCAGGCACUUUCCCUAGAAAUGUCCUAGCUAACUCAAAACGUUCUCACGAUGUUGCUGCCAUGUAGUGGCGGUGUUAUAACAUUGACAGAACAUUCCAGUAACAUUGCGAGAACAAUUUGUAUGAGCUGGGAUGCUUCCCAAACCGAGACACCACAUGAAUCUGAAGGAGCAGGUAUUCUCUUGUCUUGAUAAUAGGUAUGUAUGUUAAUAACCUAAACACACACGGUUAAAGCAUGUCUACUUUUAGACAACGUAAUGUUCUGCUCAGUGUUUUGCAGCUGGUGUUACAUUCACUACUUUAUACGUAAUGACCGUUGGGAAACACCAGGUGGUGCUGAAUGUAACACUGCGGAUACGGUUGAAUCACGUUUGAACCGCAGAAGUUUCGCAUUCAAUUUAAUCCUUUCGAUGAAGAAAUGAAAAUAUAUUUAGUUCUUUUAAAGUGUCAACUGUUCUUUCAACUGUAAUGUAUUGCCACCUAGGUAGCCACUGAUAAGUGUAAUAUCCAGAUAUUUGUCAGCACUAAUAUUUAUGGCAGCGAAGGAACUUUAAGAUGGUGGUCAUUUUCAACAACUUCUUUUCUUUAAUAUGUGUGUCUAAAUGGCACUGAUACAGAACCAUCUCUCAGGCUUCACUUCAGAGCCUACAAUAAUGACUCCAGAUUGCACUCCAUACACCAGACUGACUUCCUGUGUUGGAUCAGUUGGACGUCUGCCAGUUGUCCUAAUAGAUACAGGCACUCGUUGGAUCAAUUGGACGUCAGCCAGUUGUCCUAAUAGACACAGACACUCGUGUGUCCUGCUGGUUGUUCCCCCUUUGGGUGAAACUUGUCGCAUUGACCUGGGUUAGGGAGCAGCGUGGAUCUCACUUUAGAUUGCACUCCUGGUUGCACACAUCUAGAGAGUGGUGUGCAUUAGUCAUCCUCCGCACUUAUUAGACUGCUACGAGCUUCUGUCCUCUAACACUGUUGUUUUGGCAUGUUGUUCAGUGAUGAUGUCCCAAAUUUCUCUUUAGCAGACGCAGCUGCACCGUUAAAUGGAGGAUAAUGCUUUAAAAAAAAGGAAAAAAAAGACAAAAGAUCUUAGGUUAAUUCUAUCUGCUGGCACUCGGUGGUAGAUUUUGAAACGCACUUGUCCAUUGAAUAUGCUAACUGUCUGACUGUGUUUGAUGUAAAAAGUGAGACUCUUCCUGCUGUAACCAUGGAAACGGUGUGCUUUCUCUCUCGUAGUUCUGCAGAAUCUGAAUAUUAAUAAAGACUGAUGCAAAUA